AUGGCUUCAAAGACUACCGCAGAUGAUAGUGAUGAAAAUACUACAAUUUCCUUUGGUUGUGACUAUGCCAAGAGCAGCAAUGCAAAGUGCCACGGCAAAUCUUGUGAAAACGAGAUUUCAAAGGGAACACUUCGUUUAUCUCGUUUAAUUCGUAAUCCAUUCAUACCUCAAUCUUCGACACGUGAAGAACAAUUGAUGCCUGUUUAUUAUCAUGUUCCGUGUAUGAUCAAUUACUUGCGAACAGGCAACGAAAAGAAGAAACGUAUUACCGACGUGACGAAUGAUCUGCAAGGUUUUGCUGAUUUGAAAAAGAACGAUCAAGACCGAUUGAAGAAACUGUUCCAUUACGAAGAAAAACUUCAAGGCAAUCUUUCCGAAACUUCCUCAACCGCCAAUACAACUUAUCUGGAACAUGAUGAACAAAAAAAAUAUUGGCAAAUUUCUAUUGAAAACAAGUCAACAAAAACCAAAUACGGCUUACUAAACGAAACCGACUCCGAUGCAAUCAUUCUGUAUAAAGAAUUCUCGAAUCAAUCUGAAGCAAAAAAGUAUUACCAAACAAAGAUUAAAGAAAAACUCAAAGGUGGUUAUACAUUAAUCAAGCAAACUGGCGAUACAACGAAUACUGACAACUUGAUUGGAACCAAGCGAAAACGAGCCUCAACACCUGCAAAACGAACAAAAAAGCAAGCGACAGUCGCGACACGAAAACAACCAACAAGAUCUGCUUCGAUGCGAAAGAAAUAA